AUGACACAGAACCUUGUGCUUCGAUUGAACAAACCCCUGUUUUAUAAUGCUAAAGGGAUUAGCAGGAUCCUCAACCUGGAGUGUAAACAAUCCGUGAAAUGCCAUUCCAAAUUUAAAAGAUGCUUCUCCAUAGAAACGAUAAAGGUACCCAGGCUUGGAGAUUCCAUUACGGAAGGUACCAUAAGUGAAUGGAAGAAAAAAGUGGGCGAUUAUGUUAAGAUGGAUGAAACGAUAACCAUUAUCGAUACGGACAAAGUAAGCGUCGACAUAAACUCCCAAUUCAGUGGGGAGCUUUCAAACAUAUUUGCGGAAGCGGGAGAAAUCGUUUUGGUGGAUGCGCCCCUAUGUGAAAUAGACACUUCAGUGGAGGCACCUGCUCACAUAACAGAAGUGAAGAAAGGAAUAACACAAAGCAAAUCUGAGAAAGAGAGUGAAGAAACUGGAAAGGAAGAAGAGAGUGGUGAAAAGGAACAUAAUGUCGCGCACAAAGAAAGCGAAAGAAGAGUAAGUGAAGAAAAUAACGGGAAAAUGAUAUACGAACCCGUCAGUGAAAGAACGGAAACGAGAGUACGCAUGUUGCCAAUAAGAAAACGAAUUGCAGAAAGGCUCAAGGAAUCCCAAAAUACGUGCGCCUUACUAACAACAUUUAACGAAUGCGAUAUGAGCAAAGUGAUAGUCCUACGCAGUGAGUUAAAAGAUAUCUUUCAAAAGAAGUAUGGAUGCAAAUUAGGGUUCGUGUCUCUCUUCAUGCAUGCGUCAACCUUAGCUCUAAAAAAGAUGCCACAAGUAAAUGCAUACAUCGAUAAGGAUGAAAUUGUGUACAGGAAUUAUAUUGACAUAUCCGUAGCAGUGGCCACACCCAACGGAUUAACAGUUCCAAUUAUUCGAGAUUGUCAAAAUAAAAAAUUAUCAGAACUUGAAUUAGCUCUAUCCGAGUUAGCUACCAAAGCUAGAAACAACAAAUUGUCGUUAGACGAUUUCACGGGUGGUACUUUUACCAUUUCGAAUGGAGGUGUUUUUGGUAGCAUGUUAAGCACACCUAUUGUGAACAUGCCACAAUCAGCUAUUCUGGGUAUGCACACAAUAAAAGAUAGAGCCGUAGUGGUAAACAAUGAAAUUGUCAUUAGACCUAUCAUGUAUUUAGCCCUAACUUAUGACCACAGAUUACUGGAUGGAAGGGAUGCCGUACAAUUUUUGAGCGCAAUAAAGGAUUAUAUAGAAAACCCCAACCUUAUGUUGAUUGAUUAG